CUUAUCCAAGAUGUCUGCGCCCUUGAAACCUCUUCGAUUUUCUAUAAAAUAGAUGAGCCGGUCUCUCGAGUCUCUCUAUUCCAGGAAUUGUUGAAUAGUUUAUUAAGUCUAGAGAUUUCUCCUAAUUAUUACAUAAAAGUAACAUUUAAAGUUUUUGGUGGGAUAUUUCCAGAACUUUAUUAUCAUAGAUUUCCAAAUAACUAAAAAUGAAGUUUACAAGCACAUUACUAAAACACAACAAAAGACUGAUGUUAAAAAAUGUGUGGAAACAUAAAGGAAGUUUCCCAGACCGACCACCAAUCAUACCUCAGGCUGUUUUGGAUAGUGGUCUUGAAAUAGUUGAUCCUAAUGUUGAGGAACCGCCAGCACCAUGGGUACCCCCUGUUCCUGAUGAUCUCCAGUUUAAAUCUCGUCCAUCUAUUACAGAAUUACCAAAUUAUAAUGAGGAGCCAGCCUAUGUGUAUACUAGAGGUGGCAGAAUAAUGGAAGGUUCCAAACAAGCUUGUAUUUUAACUAAAUCUUUAUCAUUUAAUGGAUUUCCCGACACAAUAAAACCACUUAUUGGUCGAUUUCAAGCUCAGGAUCAGGAUAAAUUAAUACAGAGAUAUAUUAUGCAGUCACAGAAAUGGGACCCAUCUAAAGAGCCAUUACCUAAACGUAUCGACACAGCCAAUGUUGGUUAUAAAUUUACUAGAGAAUAUGGUAUACCCAAAAAACGUUCAAUUGGUAUUUUGAUGCGUAAUUUAAUUCGACUAUGUCAGUCAACUGGUAAUCAAUUUCCUAGUAUAUUAUCAGAUCUACGUUUAAUACCAGAUGCUUAUCUUGGUACUCAUUAUUAUUAUCAAGGUAAAUUAGUGAUUUUUGAAGCAUAUGCUAAAUAUCUACUUAUGUCAAAUCAACCAAUGAAAGCAUUUGAAGGAGAAGAUAAAAUAGAUGAAAGUGUCAAUCAGAAAUUACUCAACAUGUAUCCUUUAUCGCCUCUUAUAAAUAUACCCAAACGUAAUUGUUACAGAAUCCAGAAUAUCGCAGGUUUUCAAAAAGAAUUCAGCCAUUCACAUCCGCACACAAUAUUUCUCAUCAAUAAUAAUUUCUGGAGGGAUGAUUCUAACCAAGCAAUGGCAUUAUUGAACUGUUUUGGUUACGCUGUAACACAAGCUAGAAAAUUAUAUGGUAAUGAACAAAAUUUACCGAAACCUAUUUGUGUACAGUGUGUUAACAUGAAUCAGACCACCGUCAACUUUACUUUCUUCCAACUUAAUACCACUGAUUUCUCAUCUCAACAAGGUGUUAAAAACUUUGUGUGGUUUGACAGCGGAAACCAAUUAUUCCAGAAACAGUUACCCCAGCCAUGGCGUGGGGAGGAAUAUAAAAAUACCUAUUACCAUAGUUAUAAUCCACUUGCAUUUGAAAAACUUUUAGCAGUGAUUCUUGGAAAUGCUCCGGAAGUUCAGGAAUACUUAGAUGAUUCUGAAGAAGUUGCAGCAUUGAGUCAAUAGCAUGCACUGGCACUUGUACAAAUUACCAGUUCAUUAAAGGAGUGGUACAACCAUUACAGAUUCUUUAGAACACAGGUCAGUGGGUGACAGUUACCCAGAUGAUGUCACAUCCAGGGUCUUAAUUUGUUAAUUUAAAGGCCAAAUGAGUUGUAGAAACUAUUUAUGAUAGAUAUGAUAUAAAGACUUAGCUACAACUGGAUAUUUCUAUUUUUAAAAAUUAUAUUAGCAACAAUGUAAUCUAUUAUGGAAAUAAAUGUUUUAGUGCCAUUAGUAAGUGUGAUCUAUCAAAUUUAGAGUAAUAAAUAAUAGUAUUUUUGUGUUUA